AUGCCAAGAACGUCAUUUGAAAUCAAUAACCCACUUAGUAUCAACGAGCUUCUUUGUAGCGAGAUUUCUGAUACCCUGCCCGAUGGAGACUGGACUACACCGCCUUUCGUAGUGAGGCCUGGUUCCCUCUAUCUUGAUCGUCCGAUCGGGCAAGCUAUCGACCACCGAGCAGCCGAGCUCUUACUCCACUUCAAAACAGUCAUAGCGAAACCGUGGUUCGAAGUCACAGAUCCUAACUUCACCAACGAAGCUCUUCGACGAGCCCCGAGUUGCCCUCUCCUUCUCUACUCAUUACUCGCUGUCUCCAGUAGCCACAAGAGCCGAUUCUUGCAUGACCCUGUUAUCGCUCGGGACUAUGCGAGAUAUGGAGAAGAAUAUCAUGAGAAAUGCAUUAGUCUGUUGCUGCCAAUGCUCAAUGACAAUGAAAGUAUCACAGAUGGUGCUUUUUUAGCGUGUUCUACCAUCCUCAGAUGGUAUGAGGAGCUCAGCGCACCUAUCCAUGGGAGAGACGAUGCAAGACACCUGUUGGGAGGCUACGCAUCAGUUGCCGAGUCAUUCAGACAAGAUCUACCUUGGGAAGGGUUCCGACGGGCAGCACUAUGGAUUCACCUCCGCCAGGACAUCUUCAAUGCUGUCAUUAACCAGAGGGUACCUAGAACUAACGUCAACCGACUGGGAAUCGAUCGUAGUUGCUCGCCCGCAGACGAAACAAUCUGGGCCAAACGAGUACUCUGCCUUGAGGCUGAGGUCGUUGAAUACUGUUUUGGACAAGAACGAUCGCCAAUCCAGCAUUAUGAAGCCCUUGAAGCUCGCUUGGAGGAUUGGGUCCGUCAGAAGCCACAAACCUUCACGCCAGUCUUUUACCAAGAGCGUGACCCAUCUCAGGGAGUAUUGCUUCCCACGGUUUCUGUGCUUUUGGAUAGUUGUGUAUUUGGUUUGAGCCAUUACUAUUUCGCCAUGCUCAUGAUGCUCGUCCACGAUCCUCACAUGCCGAAAAUUGGUACUCAGUACCUAGAACACCAGAAGGAAAUGAGAGUCAAUAAAAAUAUUACAUCUCCUGAGAUUACUGUGUGGUCUCGCUUCUUCAAGUCCAGUGCCGCCUGCCAGAGGGAUGACGUGCUUGGCCCUCUCGCUGUGCAUACUACUUAUCCUGCAACCUACAUCGACAUCGGGAAAUACAAAACAAUGCCGUCUCUCAACAGUUGGUGGUGGCAUUUCCUCGAAAACUAUGUCUAUGUAGUAUCAGAACCCCCAUCGCGAACACGCACGAAGCCUAUGGAGGUGCUCUGCGUAGGCUUACCCAGGUCCGCGACUGAAUCUCUUCAGACCGCGCUUUUGAAGCUUGGAUACGAUCACACUUACCACGGCUGGGAUAUCAUAUACGAGGCGCCAAAUUAUGCAUCGAAAUGGGUCCGCUUAUGCCGAAAGAAAUGGUUCGGCUCGCUCGAUGGAAACACUACCAUUACACAAGAAGAAUUUGACGAGAUCCUUGGACACUCUGUAGCUGUCACAGAUGCCGCUGCUUCAGUGUUUGCGGCCGAACUCACCGCAGCGUAUCCCGAUCCGAAGGUUGUCCUCAACUACCGCAAAGAUUUAGAUGCGUGGCACGAGAGUGCUGUGAAGAUUCUAGUGAGCGUUCAUAAGAAUUGGGCUUUGUACAUACUGUCAUGUCUCGGGAAGGUACCGUUCUGGGGCUGGCAUGUUUAUGAGCGGUUUAUGUGGCCAGGCCUAUUUCGGGCCUUGGACGGCAAUAUUGAAACGGGAAUUGCGAGGAACGGCAAAUGGGUUUACAAAGAACACUGCAACAUGAUCCGCGGCCUCGUUCCCAAAGAAAAGCUUCUCGAGUGGACUGUCGAGGACGGAUGGGAACCGUUGUGCAAAUUCCUAGACAAGCCAGUUCCUGAUGAGCCUUUUCCCCACGUCAACAAAGCUUCUGGCUGGUAA